AUGGCAACUCCGGCGGCCAUCUCCUCGGCUAUCCUUCUCCUCCUAUUCUCGUUCUCGCUCACCGCCGGCGCCAGGGGUGCCACCUUCACCGUCAUGAACUUUUGCCCUUUCGUGGUGUACCCGGCGGCCAUCCCGGUCGGCUGGGGCGCGGAGAUAGGGACCGGCCUCGGGAUCGGCCAGGCGUGGAACCUCGCGGUGCCCGCCGGCGCCUCCUCGGUCAGGAUAUGGGCCCGCACCAACUGCACAUUCGAUCCCGCCACCGGCCGCGGUAGCUGCGGAACCAGCGACUGCGACGGCGCGCUGCGCUGUGACGACUAUAGGAAGCCGCCCGUGACGCAGGCCGAGUUCACCCUCGGCUCCUCCGGCAGCGCCCCGGACAGCUACAACUACAGUAUCUCGCUCGUCGACGGCUUCAACGUCCCUAUGGGGAUCCUGUGCAGAGCCCGUGGGGACGGCGGCUUCCUCACGUGCUACGACCCCGACUGCUGCGUAGCCAGCCACCGCGCCGGCGACGGCAAGCGCCACACCUGCCCUUUCAACGACCACCGCGGUGACGACAGCAACAUCGACUAUGAGGUCGCCUUCUGCCCAUUCCCUAGUUACCCCGAGACGACGUGCGUCCAUGCAUGA